AUGAGUGGACACCCUAACCAACAGAACGGCGGCCUGCAGCAAAACCGCCCGAGCACCUCCGGCGUGUCGGCCUCCCUGCGGCGGUCACCGCGCGCCGGCAAACGCGCCCCCCAGAGCCCGCGCGGGUCGGCCUCGUCGUCGGUCCUGCCGGCGCACCAGCAGGGCAACAUCCCCAGCGGGACGGACUUCUCGCGCUUCCACCCGCAGCAGUUCCAGAAGAACUUCUCCACCAACCGGCCGCACCUGCAAAUGGAGAUGGCCAGCAGCACGGAAAGCCUGCCGGAGAAUUGGGCGGCCUUCUCCAUGCGCGACAGCAACCUGGCCGGGGGCGGCCAGUCGUCGGUCAUCCAGCCGGGGCGCGGCGGCCGGGGGGCGGGGCACCGGGCCGGCCCCGGCGGGGCCAUCCCCUCCUCGCCACUGGGCCAGCCCAGCAGCUCGCCAUGCCACGGGGUGGCCCAGGAUGCCGUGAUGGACACGCGGCUGGGCUGCCAAGUCGGCGUGGCGCCGCAUGGCUCGCGGGCCGAGGCCGAGGCCCGGCACGGCGGCCCCGGUGGCAGUGCCCACCAGCAGGGCGGCAGAGGUGGCGCCGGUGGCGGUGCGCCGCGUGGCGCGCGGUCCGGCGGCGGCCGGGCCGGGGCCACCAACGCCCGGGCCGCCUUCGGCCCCGGUGGCGAAGUGGACUCCGGCAACAUGUAUGUCUCGUCCGGGGCGGUGUCCCCCUGGCAGGACGGCCUGGAGGAUUGGGAAUUGGUGUCCGGCAACCGGGCCCCCUCGCAGCGGCGGCAGCGGCAGCAACAGCAGCAGCAGCAGCAGCAGCAGCCGGCGGCGGCGGCCCCGCAGCAGCGCCACCACGCCGCCGCCGCCACGGCCAGCACCGUGUCCGGGGCGCUGAGCGACGAGGGGGACGCCUCGUCGCCGGCCACCCCGGAGACCAUGCGCCGCGGGGACAGCCACGACCGCUGGCAGCGCGAGGGCCAUGGGUGGAAUGCCUCGCGAUCGGGGCCGCCAUCGCGCCACCCGGGCCGCGUGGCGGACCCCAGCGACGACGAGGCCAUCGAGCUGGCGGCCCAGCGGGCGGCGCAGGACCUGCGCACCGGGGACCCGGCCCGGCGCGAGCAAGUCCGCGCCCACCUGGCCCAGACCCUGCGCACGGAGCAGCCCGCGCCGCAGGCCCCGCUGUCCCCGCGCUCGGCGGCCCAGGCCACCGCCUCCUCGGAAGCACGCCAAAAGAAAGAGCAAGCCCCGGAGGGCAUGUCCUUCGCGCACGCCAAGUUCCGCGGCUCGAUGGACAACCAGGCCGUGGCCGGUGGACAGAUGAAGUAA